GAUAAGGAGUAUGACCCACUUAUAGAUGGAAGCUCCCGCUGUGCAGGAAGCUGUGGUGGGAUGUGGAAGACGGGGGGAAAAAAAAGAUUCAUCGUGGAGACGAAGUGGCUACAUGAGUCUUUCGACGCCAGCACUAAGAGAAGCUUCUGCACCGAAUCUCAGCACGGGCAGAUGGGGAAUGGCCUGCGACGCACACCGUAGCCACCUUGCCGAUGCGCCCAAAAAGCCUUCCCGGAGACUUGGGAUGCCUUCCCGAGUAUAUCUGCAGGGCCUGCCUCGCCCUCCGAAAGCCGGGCCUUAAUCUCCCAGUCCCUCGCUACUAUUCCCGAGAGGCUCGACCGGCGAGGGCACCUCCCAGACUGGCGCGGAAGGCCCAGCAGGUCCGGAUUCCCCGAGUAGAGAUACCCGAACCCGAGACAGACGACGGCAACAAUGUCACGUUCCGCUAUUUCGAAAUGGACCGUCCUGGCCACCUGCGGCCACUUAAGGACAAUGCCGAGUUUGUUGAGUCCCUCGAGUCCGAGGAACGCCGAGCCCAAGCCGAACUCGACAAGAUGGAGGCACAGCUAAAGCUGUCCGCAUUCAAGGGGCUGAGGGAGCUUGCCGAAAGACUAGGGUUAGUGCCCAAGCAGGCAGAGGAGGAGGUGCAGAAGGAGCCUGCCAAAUGCAAGCCAUUUACAAAGGAGAUAAACACUAUCGGCAUAUACACGCUGCACGCGAGACCGAUCAUACAGCUAAACUGGCACCUCAAGAGGUCCGCGAGAAGGAUUGCCCAGGGAAAGAUUAGGCGGAAAAACAUCCAUGACACCUGGAAACUGUACGCGCUCGCGCGGCCUCUGCUCCAAAACUCAUGGGAACGGGUUCCACGCCAGAUCUGGGAGCUUCUCUGGCGCCUCCUCUCCUGGGAUGGCCCGGAGAACACGAACCGCAUGGGUCGUGUUUACCAGCUCGGCAAGGACAUGCGGGCCGCUGGCAUACCCAUCGACGACACAUGCCAGGUCCUCCUCAUCGAAGCCGCCUUUGUCGAAGGGCCGCGAAAGGAAGCAGUCGAAGCAUGGAAACGCUUCUCCUUGUUGCCGAAACACUCGAAAGAGCUCCGAGAGGACUACCUCACGCUAGGCGUUCGCAUGCACUCGAUUCAGGGCGAUCUGGAACGUGCGGGUCGCGCUCUCGACAAGCUGCUCAAGAAAACGCGCCCCUCGGACCCGCGCUUCAUGUUGACCUUCAUCCGCGCCUGUGCUCAGGACAAGACGCGUUUGGACAAGGCAUGGGAGACGUACCGGCUGAUGCGGGACCUUCUAGGCCCUGACAUCAAGAUGGAGGACUACGACGAGGUCGUUGCGUCCUUCCUGCUCUCAAAGCAGGCCGAAUUGGCAUUCAAGGUCUUUGUCGACAUGAUGUUCUCAGGGGCCAUCGAUCUGCACGGCAAAACCACGAAGCUGCCGAGCGAAGUCAACAAUCACUUCUUCAUGGGCAAGUGGCUCAAGAGGUUGAUCGGAGCAGGCAACCUCGACGGCGCAUUAGAAGUGCUGAAGUUCAUGCAGACAAAGGGGAUCCUGGCCGCCAAGGUCCAAGUGAACGGCCUCAUCGGAGCCUGGCUUCGGUCGGGCUUGGCCGAGAAUCUAGAAAAGGCAGAUAAGCUCGCAUGGGCCAUGGUGCGGUCUCGCAUGGCGUUCGUCGAGCUGCGCCGGCGCGAGGCACUCGUCGACUGGCCGAUCCGACUCGUGCAAACACCGAACAAGAACGAAGAUCUGCCGGACAACCUCGGCCUGACGUUCGUGCCGCAGGCCAGUCUCGAGACCUUCUCGCUGAUGGCGGAGAACUACAAAGAGCGGGGGCUGCACUCCAAGCUCGAGGGACUCUGGGUGGCGUUCCAGAAAUGCGAGAUGUCGACCGAUUCCUUCAUGAUGAACCAGCUUCUUGAGUCCUACAACCAGGAGGGUAUGGGCCUCAAGGCCCGCGAGGUGUACAAAGCCCUCACCGAAGAGCACGCACUGGCGCCAGACGCCUACACAUUCUUUGCCCUCUACAGGAGCCUCGAGAUCAACCUGAGGCACUGGGGGUCGAUGACUGACGAAGUCAUGCGUGGGGAAGGGCAAAUCUGCCGCGAGAUUUUCCGCGACAUGGUUGGCUCCUCCUGGGCGUUUGAGGCGGAGGAAGUGCAGCAGGCGUUGAUGCGCAUAGUGCUUCACUCGUUCCGAAAGUGCGGUGACAACGUCGGAGUGAUCAUCGCUCUACGGGCGAUGCGCGACGUCUUCGACCGCCUACCAGGGCACGCCAUCAGCAUAGAGAUGCUGGUCGAGAACCCCGACGUCGCCCAAAGCAAGAAAAAGCUUUUCGACGCCAGCCGGCAGGUCCAAGCCGCCUACGAUAUCAGCCUGAAGGGCGGCAGUGACGCUGCCCCGACGCGCAAGGAGCUAUCCCAAAAAGAAGGUGCCGAGAUUCUAGUUCGCAUGGUUGAGGAGUAUUAUCUGCAGAAGAUCGGGCCGACCUCGGACGAGGAGCUUGAGCUCAUGUACCAGAAGGCCAUUCUGCAGAUGGGCCUGGCCGAUGUUCUGAUUCCAUCCCAGGCUCCCGACGAGGGCGAGCAGGAAGAAGACGGUGCCGGAAAUGCCCUCAGCGGCGCGGCAGGGCCCUGCUAAAGAAAAGUGUAGUAACACGGCUGUUCUAUUGGCCAAUGUUUGAUAGACGGCCAAGGGAUGUGAACUUACGGUAUCCCCCCAUGAUGGUUCGCGCAACCCAAUGUACAUUAAUGAUCACUUUACUUUCGCUUCGCGGCUUAAUCGUGGUCCUCCUCCG